AUGGCUUCUGACGCAGAAUCACCACCACCCACACCUCCGAGACAGAAGAAAAACAACAACCAUCGUUGCUCCUAUAACAACUACCAAACGGACAUGGUGUAUCCGUACUUCAUGCACCCCAGUGAUAAUCCGGGAAUUUCCAUUGUUUCUCCUCCUCUAAACAACCUCAACUACCAUUCUUGGGGCAGAUCCAUCGUCGUCGAUCUUCGUUCCAAGAACAAACUGGGAUUUCUUGAUGGAACUCUUCCUCGUCCUGUUGAUUCUGAUCCUCUCACCCUCGCCUGGGAUCGCUGCAACACCGUGGUUAUGGCAUGGGUCACGAAUUCCGUCGAACCUGACAUUGCACAAAGCAUUCUUUGGAUGGACACAACAUCAGAGAUAUGGACUGAACUUCGUGAUAGAUACCAUCAAGGUGACAUAUUCUGCAUAGGAGAUAUUCAAGAGGAGUUCUUCAAUAUAAAACAAGGAGACCUUACCAUCACACAGUUCUUCACCAACCUGAAAAAGCUUUGGCAAGAACUGGACAAUUUUCGCCCAAUCCCUACGUGUUCUUGCGCUACCAAAUGCUCAUUCACUCUUCUUCCCACAAUCAAGUCCUAUCGUGAAACUAAUUGUGUUAUACGUUUCUUGAAAGGAUUAAAUGAGCAAUAUGCUCCCGUUAGAUCCCAAAUAAUGCUCAUCAAUCCCCUUCCUCCCAUUAACAAAGUUUUUUCCAUGUUGAUUCAACAGAAAAGACAACUGCUUAUUCCUCUAGAUGAUGAUAAAAUUGUGGCUAACUUUUAUAAACCACAACGUCACUCCAAUAGAACAGACUCUGCUCCCAAAAACUUUGCAUAUGGGCGCGGCAAAAACCUGAAGAUGUGCACUUAUUGCAACAAAUCUGGGCAUACAGUUGAGGUUUGCUUCAAGAAACACGGUCUUCCACCCUAUCUAAAGAAGCCCCAAAUCAACAAUGCCUCUUCUUCUUAA